UAAGAAAGUAAUAAUUUAUACAAUAUACAUGUUCAUAUAAAUGAAUAACCAUAUAUAUAUAUAUAUAUCCAUAUAUACUAUUGAAGCACUCUUAUUUUAUCAUUUACAAUAAAAUAUGCUAUUCACUAAGUAUUAUUUAAUAGGAAUAAUAAUAUAUAUUGCUUUAAUGAAUUCAAUUUAUACACAUUAUAAUCAUUAUUAUAAUGGACUUGUAGAACAUUCUAAAAGAAAUUCAUACGAUGCUAUAAACUUUCCAUUGAAAACAAUUCAUGGGCGUAAAUAUGAUAUGGAAGAUGGAGCUGGAUUUGUACCAGAUAAUUAUGGUAAUCAUGGUAACCACGAUGAUGAUGAUUAUGAUUCAUAUGAUAGUAAUAAUUAUGAUGAUGGUGAAGCGCAUAAUUAUGGUCAUGUUAAUUUAGCAGACAAAUCAAUGAAUAAAUUAAAAGAGUUAAAACGUCGUAAAUACAAUGAACAUUAUAAAGGUGAUGAAGAAGAACAAGAGGGCGAAUAUGGUAGUAAUGAACCACAACAAGAAGCAACUGAAGCACCGAUGAGAACUACAUCCUGGCCAAAUCACUUUUUCGCAGAGUAAAGUAUUCACCUACUAAUUCAGAGUAUUCAGAUAAUAAAUUUAAAAUAUCAAUAUGUAAAUGAAUUAACUGACCUUUUUAAUUAUCUAAUAUCAUGAAUAUAUGUUGUACGACUUAAUAAAACAAUAAUGUCAUCAAGUGUUCAUUCUUAGCAUAGGGGAUUGAGGAUACCUUUUGAAGUUUGUAGUUUUAAAUCACAGAUUAAUUUUAACUACAUAACUAAUAAAAAUUAGUAAUCAUUAGAUAGCUGUACCGUCUUAGUAUGGGACUCGCCAAAAGUAG